AUGGAGCCACAGUGGCAGAACUACUCUGAUAUACCGGGUAACAAGCGAGGGCAAUUCACUCCCAGCGCUGCUCAGACGGCGGCAGACUCCCAGGGACAGACACACCAGCCUCCUCGCGGCUUCACGUACGAGACAUACCAGCCGCCUGGCACCGUGUCCAAGGUGCCUUCGAGCCUCAGACCGAGCUCCAUGGCCUCCUCUCCGUCUGGCACAGGAACCGGCGCUGGGACGCCUAGUACCCGCGACCUCGACCAGGACACGCCCAUGGAAGAUGCAGACCCGUACAACAGGGCCAAAUAUCCCUCGCGGCCGGCGGCGCACCAGCGGAGUUCGUCGCAAUUCCUGGCGAAUGAAGAAUCCUCGACCGCUGCCCGCAGAUAUUCGCCUAUGAACGUCCUCUCGCCCGCCUUGCCGUAUAACGUCAGUCCCAACACGUCACAGAAUACCUACGGGUUCCCGCCAACGGCGCAGUCCAGCUCGCAUCCCUCGCCUACCAAUACAAAUAACUUCUCGACUUCUCAGUCAUACCAGUCACCGCCAUCUGCGCCCUCCCGACCACACGCACCCCGCCUACCUCCCAUGCAGUCCAACGACAUGAGCCCCGAACGGUACUACCCACAGUCCGCAACGCUCCAGCUUCAUUCUGUGUUUGGUCAGGGUCAGGAUCAGGGCCAGGGCCAAGACUCUAAGCCCCAUCGUCCAACGUCCUUCCAGCCCCAGCCCGCUAGUGGUAGUCCCGGUGCAGGAAUGGGAAGAGGACCCGUGCCUAAGUUCCAGAGUAUCAAGUCUAUCAGCGAGCUAAAGCCUAGGAUUAACAAACAGCCGGCCUUUCGACGAGCAAACCCGGAGGGAGGAUUUAUCAGCCCGCUACAAGCGCUCACCACGCAUCUACCAGCAACAUACCGAAUCUGCAACCCUACUUUCAAGUACGAAUCGUCUAGGAACCCUCGCCGUGUGUUGACCAAGCCAAGUAAAGGUGUCAAGAACGAUGGCUACGAUAACGAUGAUAGUGACUAUAUCCUUUACGUCAAUGAUAUUCUCGGCAGCGAGGAAGCCAACCACAAGAACCGCUAUCUUAUCCUCGAUGUCCUGGGUCAAGGAACCUUCGGACAAGUAGUCAAAUGUCAAAAUCUGAAAACUCAGGAAGUUAUUGCCGUGAAAGUUAUCAAGAACAGGACUGCAUACUUCAACCAGAGUAUGAUGGAGGUUUCCGUGUUGGAUCUAAUAAGUAGCAAACUGGACAAGAAUGACGACCACCACCUGCUUCGGCUGAAGGAUACCUUCAUUCAUCGCCAGCAUCUAUGUCUGGUCUUCGAAUUGCUGAGCGUCAAUCUGUACGAACUGAUUAAACAGAACCAGUUCCGUGGCUUGAGUACUACCCUCGUAAGGGUGUUUGCUCAGCAACUACUGAAUGGACUUGCCUUGCUGAACAAGGCAAGACUGAUACAUUGCGAUUUGAAGCCUGAGAAUAUCUUGUUGAAGAACCUUGAGAGCCCUAUCAUUAAAAUUAUAGAUUUCGGAUCUGCGUGUGACGAACGGCAGACUGUUUAUACCUAUAUCCAGUCCAGAUUCUAUCGUUCUCCUGAGGUCCUUCUAGGGUUACCAUACUCCUCCGCAAUCGACAUGUGGUCCCUUGGCUGCAUCGUAGUUGAACUAUUCCUAGGUCUCCCUCUCUUCCCCGGCUCGUCAGAAUACAACCAAAUUUCCCGAAUAACAGAAAUGCUUGGCCUGCCUCCAACCUGGAUGCUUGAGAACGGGAAACAAGCCGGAGAAUUCUUUGAGAAGACGCAGGAUGAGUUUGGUCGACGGAGCUUCAGGCUAAAGAGCAUGGAGCAAUAUUCCCGUGAACACAACACCAAGGAACAGCCAAGCAAGAAAUAUUUCCAGGCUACAACGCUACCAGAAAUUAUCAGGACGUACGCGAUGCCAAGGAAGAAUAUGAAGCAGGCCGAAAUUGAUAGAGAAAUGAAUAACCGCGUUGCUUUCAUCGACUUCGUUCGUGGCCUCUUAUCCAUUAACCCCCUGGAAAGAUGGUCACCGCAACAGGCCAAACUCCACCCUUUCAUCACGCAGCAAAAGUUCACCCAACCCUUCGUUCCACCCGUUCACCUCAAAUCUUCAGUCGUGAACAAGUCCGUUGCCCCGGGAGUCCAACAACAGCAACAGGCCGAAGCCACCUCCAAGCAACGCGCCCAGGCUGCUCAAGCCCAAGCAAACUCCGCUGCGCAAUCCGCCUAUGCUCUGCAAAUGAACCAGUUCAACGCCCCCCACAAUCAACCUCCACCCGUUUACAAUAAUAUGUAUACUGCCCAGCAGCCACAACAGGCGCCACCACCACCGCAGCAGCAGCAGCAAGGCCCUCCACCACCAUACCCUACCCAACAAGGCUACCAAAUGCCUAUCAUGCAAACGGGCCACAUGUCCCUUCCACCACAGCAAACCCAAUACGGUUCCCAGAACUUAUACGCCCAAGCAACUACUCGCGCCAGCCGCCAGCGCGCUACGACAAUGGACCAACAACAAAGCGGUAUUCCGCAAUCUAUACAGCGUGUAGCAAGCCAUCUGGACCCUAACUCGCCUAUCCGACUACAGCCUAGCCCAGCAUAUUACCCGCCGCCAGCAGACGGGUACGCGGACUCAUCGAGCUCCGGCGCGGGCGGCCAACGGCGAACAAGUCGGGCGAGAAACAACGGCUCGCAUGGCCGAAACAGAGACUUCAUACGUAGUCUCGAGGAUGGAGCGUUGGGCGACGGCUUCAUGAAUCAGAAUCAGUGGCAUUGA